AUGCCUUGGGAGCUCAUCAAGUUGAACGACGGGACCAGCAUUCCCAGUGUUGCGUUCGGGACGUGGACCCUCGGUGGUGGAACGCAGGCUACGGACUUCGUUGACCAGGCUAUCUCAGUCGGCUUCUCCCACAUUGACACCGCGCAGGCGUACAGGAACGAAGAAGAGGCGGGCAAGGCGAUCAAGGAGAGCGGCCUCCCGCGCAAGGACCUCUACAUCACCACCAAGUUCUCUGGGCGCGACGGCCUCGACAUCGAGACCUCCAUCCAGAACAGCCUCAAAUUCCUUGGCGUCGAUUAUGUGGACCUGUACCUAAUCCACCACCCGCGUCUCGCCACCCCAGACAUCCCCACGGCAUGGGCGAAGAUGGAGAAGCUGAAGCAGGACGGCCUCGUAAAGAGCAUCGGCGUCAGCAACUUCGGUGUCCCUGAGCUCCAGAUCCUCCUCGACUCCGCGAAAGUCAAGCCUGUUGCGAACCAGAUCCUGCUGCACCCCUACGUGCACGCGCAGCAGCUCCCGAUCAUCACCUUCGGAAACGCGCACGGCAUCGUGAGCGAGGCGUACAGCGUGCUCAUCCCGCUCACGCACCAGCCCGGCGGACCCGUCGACAAGCCCGUCGGCGCGAUUGCCACGCGCCUCAGCGUGAAGCCCGAGCAGGUGCUCCUCGCGUGGGCGAAGGCGAAGGGCGUCGUCGUCGUGACCUCGAGCACGAAGAAGGAGCGCCUGGAGGGGUACCUUGCUGCGGGCGACAUCGAGUUGACACCUGCGGACAUCGUUGCUAUCGACGUUGCGGGCGCGGCUGGGGCGCGACAGUUGACCGUGCGCACCUUCGUGAAUCGUGUCGCCGUAGUGACCCUCGCUACCGCACUCGCGUUCGCGGUGUGCGGGUACAUGGGCGUCGACCUGAUUUGA